AUGGCAGGAACAGGAGUUCCUCCAAUCAAUAUCGAGGGCACCGUUGACUGGUCAUCCUUAAGCAGGAUGAUAAACAACAAGGGGAUCCAAUUCUCCAAGGCGAGGACGGCGGGUUACAGUGUGAAGGUGUUCACAAACAAACCAGCUGACUACCGUCAGCUAGUCACACUGCUGGACACCAUCAAGCGGCCCUUCUUCACCUAUCAACUGAAGGAGGACAGGAUGGACCAGAGGGUCAUUCGUGGACUAUCCAGGGAGAUGUCAAUCGAUGACGUCAAAGAGGAUCUAGUAAGCCAAGGUAUCGCAGACGCCGAGGUUCAACAGAUGACCUCCAGGACCACCAAGAAGCCACUUCCGCUCUUCCUCGUCAAGACGAAGAUGCCGGAAAAGCUUCUAGAGAUCCAGAGGCUGGCCAUGCUCACGGUCAGCUUCGAUAGAAAGGAGAAGUCCACCGAGCCCAGCCAAUGCUACCGCUGCCAGCGGUACGGACACACGCAGCGAAACUACCGUCUCGCUGAACGAGAAUCGCUCGCUGAAUGGUCGGUGGAUGGAUGACGGGCGGCUGUACGAAUUCACACCUGUCGCAGGUCGCAGGCGAGCCAUCGAGCUACGCCGGUUUCACACCGCAUCCGUUUCCGUUUUAAGGUGCUGAGCAGCCACAGAGGCGUACCAGAAGGCCCUUGCUGUCUAAAUCAAUAAAUUAUAAUAAACCUGCGUCACAAUCUAACCUGGACUAAAAUUCAAA